AUCUUGAAACCAAGUGAAUACAGAUCGACAUUUUCACUUCUCCUUCGUCCAUAUCCCGUACCUGGAUUGUCUUCAUCUCUUAAUGAGCACAGCUUCCCUAUACACCAUCUCACUUGCCCUUUAGCUCGGAUCAAUCGAUCUCCUCAUCGUCAUGGCUCGGACACAGGCGACUGCUAAGAGCACCGGUAGCAGGCGAAUCAAGCUCGCAACCAGCAAAGCUCCAACAUCAGCAAGCAAAACGAAGGCGAGGAUGCCAGCCAAGAUCAAGAGGACCAAGAAGUCAAGCGGACGUGACUACAAGCCGGGCGCUGCCGCACUGAGAGAAAUCAUGCGUUACCAAAAGAGUGCAGAACUGCUGAUAGACAGGAACGCAUUUGGCCGACUUGCCCAGGAGAUCCUUCAAGACCGGAAGCCCGACUUCCGUUUCCAAGCAUCCGCCGUAGGAGUCAUACAGGAGUUCGCUGAGGCAUUUCUUGUUGGGCUUUUUGAAGACACGAACCUGUGUGCCAUCCGUACCAAACCGGUCACCAUCCGUACCAAACCGGUCACCAUCCAGGCAAGAGAUAUGCAGUUGGCCGUACGUCUUCGGGCAGAGAAGGAAUGAGAUUGGAGAGUGACAAUGCAGUAGAGUUGCUGAUUUUGCCCCAUUUGUGGCUUCCCACCCCAAGAAAGCAUGGGUCUCGGCAAUACAGGCCAACAGAAAUGAAAUGGGGGAGCACAGUGGAAGACGAGCAGGCAAUACAUGGACCGGG